GAUUGACAGGUGACAUCGUUGUUUCCAGGUUGAUUUGCAGCUCCAUCUGCGGACUGCUCUAUAACUGUACCGUCUGCAGCAACGACUUGCAAACCCAUCUUCAUUUUUGGAGCUCCUCUAUCUCAGAUAGAGGGUUUAGGGUUUAGGGAGUCAUUGCAGAUAGACUAUCUGCAAUGACCAUCAUUUACUCGAGAGCCGAGAACCAGUGCAUACAAGCUUCUUAUAGAUUCUCAUCGCAUCUCUCCGGAGACACGUGCGGACUUCGAACCGAGCGUGGAUCUUUCCGUACACCAGCCCGGUCAACCUUAAGCUACGUGCGUGUCGAUGGGGUCCGCGUCUGGAGAGUAACUUUUACCAGCAGCUGCAAGUUUCAAGACAAAGAUUUCCACCACCUUGAGCACGAAGCGAGGUGGAGUCAUCACGAGUCCAACUCUCCCGAACGAUUUAGAAGCUUUUCAACGACACAACUCCGGCACCAGGACUAUCCCAUUCCACUUGUUUCAUCUCAAAGGAAAGAUCAGGUGACCUUCGUCGUUCGGAUCUUCACAAGACCCAGUUUUGAUUCGUUCAACGAGGUAGUUAGGAGAGCGGGCCCUGACCCUUUCGGAGUAGCGCUUGAACUUGGCCAAAAGAUGGGAACGACAGACAUGAAUCGGAGGUAAAGGUGGAGAGACCUCUUCUGCGUUUGGUGGUAGGUGAUGUCGAUCAGCUGACAUCGAUAGCUCCAGAGAACCCGAGUCAAUCGUGCUGCCACGAUCUGCGUCGGGCUAUAAGUGAGUAGUUGUGAAAACGAGUGAAUAAGUAACAUCGUCUUUUGAUGCGAUGGCUUGCUUCCCUUCUUCCCGAGCCGCAGUCAGGAUUGACCCUGAGAUGAUGUGCAAAGAUGACUAAAUCGGAACGGGAGCUUCCUACAUCUCUGGAUGCUAGAAAUGGAUGACGAGGGUCUAGAAUCUUUGAAGAUUCCGGCACUCAGCGAAGAUAUUAUCUCAUUGAGCAAUCUGCUGAAGAAGAACGGAGUCUUCAGUACAUCAGCCGUCAACAUCGAUUGUUUUCAGUUCGUGAAUGCACGUCCGUACAAGUACAGAUGCUCAGUCCAGGUUCCAAUUUUUGUUCUAUUCCUGAACAGGAGAUUUAAAAAGAGGACUUGUGUUUUUCUUUCUGACGUCACCACUUUAACCGACUUUUGGUUGAGCAUGUUGUUUUAAGAAUCAACAAUGGACAAAGUCCACAAAUUUUCUCAGCUCGUCUAAAACCUGCAGCGGAUUUUUGGUCUUGGGGUUGAUGGGCAUCAGUCAUCUUUGUGUGCUCGUAAAGUGAUUCUUGGACUCCCAGUUUCCU